AUGCUAAAGGUGAUGCUGAUAUUAACUCCUUCUUUGAGAAUUCAUUCUAACUUGCCCCCCCCUGAGCGAAGAAAAAUCCCUAUUUUUUGCCCAAAACAAAAUAUUUUUUAAUAGAAAAAUUUUUAUGGGAAAAAAUUUUUGAUAUAUAUGUUAUAACUAUAUCAUGAAAUCUCGAGCUAAUUCUGUUUUAAUUUUAAGCAAAUUGCGUUUUAAAAUAUAAACUUUACAAAUUAAAUUAAUCUUUGAACUCCAAUUUUCGAGAAGUGGAUUUUUUAAAUUCUAAAAAAAAUUAACCCCCUCCGUGAGCGAGCAAAAUUUUUUGUUCGCUCACGGAAGGGGGGAGUAAGCACUUCAUUUACUAUUGGGCUUCGUCCUGGGCUAUUUUACAUUUGACUAACUCUUGAUUUAGCUGGCUGCUGACUAUACUUUUUCUGAAAUUUUUAAAAAGUGUUCUUACUUCAGCUUUAUGGCAUCUUCUACUGCAGCUGGAGUUAUUUAUGUCUUAUACUCAAAUAAUGAUCUCAUGAGCUGAUUUGCAAGCAUUUGAUAGAUUAGAUGCUGCAGCUUAUUAA